UGUCAACAAUUUGUCAAUCUUUUUUUGUGAAAUGAAAUAAUUUUACAAAUUCUUUCGUAAGAUCGUAAUUAUUAUAUUCGUGUAGAAACUGUAUUUUAUAUUUUUCUGGAUAGAGAGAAACCUUUACUACCGUAUUAUAAGACAUUCUAAAAAUGUCACAUGUAACAGAUGUGAAAUUUCUUUUUAGUAGGUUAUUUUCAUUAAAAAAUGGACUGAAUCCAUCAAGAUGGGGUCUGAGAAAUUUUUCUCAGGAUGUGGACAAGUCAGUUGCAGGCUUACAAAAGGGCAGUGUGACUCCUUUACCUCCACUGUCAGAGCCCAUGCCACACCUUCCUCCAGUAUCAUAUUCUACAGCUAAAUCUGAAGAUGCACACACAGAAGUAACUGUGCUUAGUAAUGGUUUAAGAGUGGCUUCUGAAAAGAAAUUUGGGCAGUUCUGUACUGCAGGAGUUGUUAUUGAUUCUGGUCCAAGAUAUGAAGUAUCUUAUCCAAAUGGCAUUUGUCACUUCCUUGAGAAAUUGAGUUUUGGUGCAACACACAAAUAUGCAACACGUGAUGUGAUGCUCCGUGAGCUAGAACGACAUGGUGGGAUCUGUGACUGUCAAGGGUCUAGAGAUACAACUGUCUAUGCCACAAGUGCCGACUCCAGAGGUCUUGAGGCUGUUACACAGGUUUUAGCAGAAGUAACAUUAAGGCCUCAGCUAUCAAAUGAAGAAAUAGAAGCAGCAAGGCAAGCUGUAGCUUUCGAGUUGGAAACUCUCGCCAUGAGACCAGAACAAGAGACUAUUUUGAUGGACAUGAUACAUGCUGCUGCAUACAAAGGAAAUACACUUGGAUUGCCAAAAAUAUGCCCGACAGAAAAUGUGUACAAAAUUGACCGCAAUAUUAUACUCAAAUAUUUGAAAAACCAUUACUCUCCCAGUAGAAUGGUUGUUGCUGCUGUUGGAGUAGAACAUGGGCCAUUUGUGGAGUUUGUCCAAAAAUAUUUUGUUGAUAUGAAACCCACAUGGCACACAGAAGAGACAGAAAAUUCUGCUAUUGAAGUUGACAAUUCUAUUGCACAAUAUACCGGUGGCAUUCAGCAGGAAGAAUGCGAAAUUCCUCUAUACCCAGGUUCUGAUCUGCCUGAGUUAUCUCACGUUGUUAUUGGCCUAGAAAGUUGCUCCCACGGCGACCCCGACUUCGUGGCAACUUGUGUGCUAAACAUGAUGAUGGGAGGCGGUGGCUCCUUUUCUGCCGGUGGGCCCGGUAAAGGCAUGUACACCCGUCUGUACACAAAUGUGCUCAACAGAUAUCACUGGAUGUUUAACGCGACGGCUUACAAUCACGCUUAUGGUGAUACUGGCCUGUUCUGCGUGCAUUCGGCGUCGCCACCAAAUCGCAUUUAUGACACCACGAUUGUGAUUGCUAGAGAACUCGCCAAUAUGGCAGGAAAGGUCGGAGAAACCGAAUUGAAGAGAGCCAAGACCCAACUACAGUCCAUGUUAUUGAUGAACUUAGAAGCGAGGCCUGUGGUAUUCGAAGAUGUCGGCCGUCAAGUCCUCGCGACGGGCAAGAGAAAGCCACCAUCUUUCUUCAUCAACGAAAUAGAAAAAAUCACCGCCGACGACAUCGUCCGAGUAGCGCGGCGCAUGCUCAGCAAGCAGCCGGCCGUCGCCGCCCGCGGCAAGCUCGCGCACCUGCCCAGCUUCGAGGAGAUCCAGGCCAACAUAUCGCUCUCCAACAGCGACGCCCCGCAGGGACGGCGGAUCAAUCUAUUCCGCGCCUAAUUAUAAUAAUACCCUUGGGUAGCAUAAAUUAAUUUCUAUUUACACUUCGGUAAUAGCCAUAAAUUGUUAAUAAAAAUAGUAUUUCUUCCAA